AUCGCAGGAGCCUUUAUGAUCUGCAUGCAGCCUUGAGGCCGGCGACGCUCGCGCGCUCUCUCAGAGGUUUUUCAAGGUUUGACGGUGCCACGCGUCGCUCAAGUUAUCGAUUCCUCCUUCCGCUUACCCGAGGAUUAUUGGUGAUCCGGGCGUGCUCGUCCAAUGAACACUCAGAUCCCGCUGUUCUUCGGCUUCAAAUUUUGGCUCCCACACACGAAUCGGAAAUUCCCGAGCCUUGCAUACAGACUGCAGCAAGGAUCAAAC